AUGGGCAAGAAGAAGAGAAAGCAACCUAAUGUCGAGGAGCUCCUGGCGCGACCAUGGUGUUACUACUGCGAGCGAGACUUUGAAGAUCUCAAGCUCUUGAUUUCGCAUCAAAAGGCAAAGCAUUUCAAGUGCGAUCGAUGUGGGAGGAGGUUGAAUACAGCUGGAGGUCUAUCCGUGCACAUGAACCAAGUACACAAAGAGUCAUUAACGCUUGUCGAGAAUGCGCUUCCGAAUCGACAAGGUCUCGAGGUGGAGAUCUUCGGUAUGGAGGGUAUUCCCGAAGACGUAGUCCAACAGCACAACCAGCGCCUCAUUCAGAACUUCUACCAAGCACAAGCCGAUCGCUUUGCCGCGACGGGCAACCCCCCGCCAGGGCAGAGUGGUAAAGAAGGCCCCGUCAAGAAGAUCAAGAUUGAGACGGCAGAUGAGAUCAAGAAGCGGCUGGCUGAACACCGGGCAAGAAUGGCUACUCAGAAGACUGCCAAUGGUGGUGUUGCAAAUCCCACACCUCCCCUGGGCCUCAAUGGUCAAAGCCCUGGCCAAAACAACUCGCCAUUCCCUCCGCCAGGCGGCCAGUACCCCCAGGGCUUCCCUCCUCAAGGGGUCCCUGGCUUCUCUCCUCCACCACAGUACCCUCAAGGCGGUUUCAACUAUCCUCCGGGCAAUCUGCCUGCAAGACCGGGAGGCAAUCUUCCCGCGCCUCCUGGGUUGCCCGCUCGACCAGGACAGCCAGGCUAUGCUAGCACGGUUGACGAGCUUGUGGCUGGUGCUGCACGACAAGGUGAUAACAUUGAUCACCUCAUCAGAAGCCUAGAGUCUGGUGAGAAGCAAGCGCAGAAGCCAAGCUCAGCCACGCCUACAGCAUCUGAGCAGCCAGCAGCAGAGGAGAAGAAGUCCAAGAAGGACAAGGACAAGAAUGUCAAGAUGAUAUACGACGACGAUAUCAGUCCUGAAGAGCGGUUGGCACUUAUGCCAAAAUAUGCGUAUGUGCCUGCUGCGGCUUAG